AUGGACUUCGAUAACUUGGCAUCCCAGCGGGUAGAUACAAUCUUCACAGUGUGGACACAGAAUCUUUUGCGGAAUCCACCAGAGGAGCUAGCGGGUCACCUUGCCUCUCGCCAUUGCCCUGGCACGCCUAUCAAAGCUUCACGGCUGUCCAAUGGCGCUUUCAACGUUUGCUACCGCGUCACCUUUGAAAAAAGACACCGUGUUGUGGUCCGUUUCACUGCCCUUGGUCGAAUUGUCGCUCGCAAUGAGAAAGUUGAUGACAAAGUCACUACCAAAGAAUUUCCCGGCCAGCAUACAACAAUUCCGGUACCAAAGAUCUUCGGCCAUGGGAAGAGUGUGCACGGUCCGUAUAUUGUGAUGUCUUAUAUUGAAGCCAAUCUUUUGAGCAGAUAUUUGAAAGAUCCAACACAGGAUAAAGACACACUACUAGCGAAUAUUUCUAUCCGCGUCUUAAGGAGAGCAUAUCACGGCAUGGCAGGAGUCUUAUUGGAGCUGUCAAAAGUUGAAUCUCCAUCGGAGCUAUCAGAAAAGACGAGUCUGCUUUUCCAGCGGAAACAUUUUAGCGACGCAGCAGAUUACUUCGAGAAGCUUGCUCAACAACAUUUCUAUCAUCUUGAGUAUCAACGCAAUGACGCAGUCGCUGAUGAGAACGACUGCCGGAGGAAGUAUAUCGCACGCUGUCUGUUCCGCAAGCUUUCGCGUGAUAUAGCAUCCGAGCAUUGCAACGGUCGUUUCCGCCUAUAUUGCGAUGACUAUUCCCCCGGAAAUGUUCUUGUUGAUCCGUCGAAAUUUAUCGUUGCGGGUGUGAUUGACUGGGAGUUCUCAUAUGCUGCUCCCGUUGAGUUUACGUACGCAGCCCCUUGGAGGCUCUUAUUGGAACGGCCCGAGAGCUGGGACCCGGAUUUUGAUCAAUUCAUGGCUAUAUUUUUGCCAAGAUUUCGCACUUUUCUGGAAGUCCUUCGAAAUUGUGAGACGGAGAAAAUUAAAGCCCGAUCCUUGACUCAGUCCCAACGCCUCUCCAUCGCUAUGGAACAAUCAUUGGAUACUGGGUUGUUUUGGAUUUCCCUUGCUUCACGACACAGCGCGCUGUUUGAUGAAAUACAUUGGAAUUUCAUUGACCCGAAAUUCUUUGGCCCUUUUACAACGAUGGAGGAGCGAGUCGCUCUUUUAAACGCGGAAGAGCGCGCAAACAUGAAUGCUUUUGUUAACAUGAAAUUGAUCCAAAAGCACGAAGCCACCCUUGAAAUUCAUUACAGCAUUGAUGGAUUGGUUGACCUAUAG